CACGUCCGCACACAUUUUGAAGGAAUUAACUUCAUUUUCGGGGCAGGCGGCACCAAUCAAGUUUAAAAAAUCUCGUCUGCAAGGGGGUGUUUUGGUCGCUGACUUUAUCGAGCAUGUGACUGAAUUAGACGCUCACAUGGCUGCAGUGGCUGCAUGAUCCGCUUUGCUUUUUCUAAAGUCCGGUGAUCGGUAGCUCGCUCGGCAGCGACCAUCCGGAGUAGAGGACCGCUGAAAAAACACUGCGCCGACCCGAGCAAAUCAUGGCGAACGGCGGCCAGAGAGUUGUGCUGAUCACCGGCUGCUCCUCCGGCAUCGGGUUACGAAUCGCCGUCACGCUGGCCAAAGAUGAAAAGAAGCGUUACCAUGUGAUUGCCACCAUGCGCGACCUGAAGAAGAAGGACAAGCUAGUGGAGGCAGCAGGAGAUACAUAUGGCAAGACCUUGAUGUUGCUGCCACUAGACGUGUGCAGUGACGAGUCAGUCAAGCAGUGCAUCAACAAUGUUAAGGACCGCCAUAUUGAUAUCCUGAUCAACAAUGCAGGUGUGGGCUUGCUCGGACCUGUGGAGAGCAUCAGCAUUGAGGAGAUGAAAAGAGUGUUCGAGACCAACUUCUUUGGUGUGGUCCGCAUGAUCAAAGAAGUGAUGCCAGACAUGAAGAAGAGGCGUUCAGGACACAUCGUGGUCAUGAGCAGUGUCAUGGGUCUUCAGGGAGUGGUGUUCAAUGAUGUUUACACUGCCUCUAAGUUUGCCAUGGAAGGGUUCUGCGAGAGUAUGGCCGUGCAACUGAUGAAGUUCAAUAUCCGGUUGUCCAUGAUUGAGCCUGGCCCAGUACACACUGAGUUUGAGACAAAGAUGAUGGAGGAUGUGGCCAAGAUGGAGUAUCCAGGAGUAGAUGCAGACACAGUUCGUUAUUUUAAAGAUGUUUACCUGCCGUCGUCCAUAGAUAUUUUUGAAGCCAUGGGCCAGACACCAGAGGACAUAGCCAAAUGCACUAAAAAGGUUAUUGAGUCAAGCAGCCCUCGCUUUAGGAAUCUGACCAACAGCCUCUACACACCCAUCGUGGCCUUAAAGUAUGCAGAUGAGACUGGCGGCCUGUCUGUCAACACCUUCUACAACCUCCUCUUCAAUUUCGGUCCUCUCAUGCACAUAACCAUGAGCAUCCUGAAGUGCCUGACGUGCAGCUGCCUACGUAGACGCACAAUCUCACCUAACUGAAGCGGGUUGCCAGUCCUGCCCCCUUACGCUUGCCCCUCCCAGUUUGUUGACCCCAACCAGUUCCUCGGUGCCUUUUUCUUGAGGUUUCGGGCUAGGCAGGUAGACUAGAACCAGUAACCUGGUGAGAGGAGGUGCCUUUUAGUUCAGAGACACCGCCGAGAUAAGCUUUGCCAGACAACAUGCACAAUUGCACAAGUUUGUCACAGAGAUGUUGUUUGCAGGAUGACCUCAUGUACUCUUACAGAAACACGCAUACACAAAACACAGAAGUACAAACAACACACACAUUGGAGUAUUGUACAUACAUAUUAUAAAGCGAAGGCCGUGCUUUAGUCAUUGCUAUAUGGCAGGAACUGAACAGAUAUAGUGUAAGUGGUUAGAUGUCUAUUUUGUUUGAAAGAGAACACACAUACAGAACCUGAGAUACAAGUCCCAUGGACAGACAACAAAGCACAAAAAUGAACUCAGUUACAGAGAGAAACAAUGAAAUUAUAGAGAAAUAAUAAUGCUAUAACUUGAAGCCUAGAUAACUUUACACUCAGGCUCACCAGAGUUAUAACAGUCAGAAAGAAUAUAUCUGCUUUUAUUGUGUUGUGCCCUCAAUUUCAUGUUUGCAUUAACAUAGUGUUCUCAUGGUCAUAACUGCUGUUGAAUCAUAUUUUUAAUCUUCUUUUGAUAAACUGAAUGUUUUUGGUUUUUAAAGGUUUGUGAAAGGAUGGGUCAGAUAUUUUUAAUCUAGCGACUUGAUUUAGAAAAUAAACAGAAUUCUGAUUUACUCUCAAAUCUAUUUUCUUUUUUAAAAAUGAUAUCAAUAACAAAAUCCCACUACUUUGACCAACAAUGCUUAUCGAUACUGAAAGCUUUGCGAGGUUUUUCUCUCUGUCUGCAAGACUACUUGGGGACCAAGAGGGGGCAGUAUUUCACAGUGGGUUUUUUUUUUCCCUGGUAGCCAACCUGUGGAUUUCAAAGGAUCGGCAGCAAGCAGGGUUGGAGCAGUAGUGCAAAGGAAUUUGUCUUCAGUGGCCUGAGAUAGACAAGUGCAAUAGACUUGAUUAGUUAAAAUCUCUAAAUUGUUAUUAUACAGUGUUGCAGACACAGGCAAUCAUGUUUUUUGAAUAGGAAUAUUUGUUUAAUUCAUGGAUUUGUAACAGUAUAUGCUUCAAACGUACAAAAGUCAAUAUCAAUUCAUACAGAUAAUUAUUAAAGGUCAAUUAGGAAAAAUAUAUAUAUUCUUUAGAGGCGUUGUAGAAGGUUUUCAUGUAAGAACAAUAUCUCAGCUAACAGAGACGUGCUGCUGGGACCAUAUUCAGGUAAAGACACACAUAAGGCCUCUUGCAGAACUCGCACUUGUUUUUAAAUAUGCAUUUUUGUGAUUGUGCAUGCCUGUGCACAUACGCACACAUUAGCAUGUGUUUGCAUGCAUGCGUGUGUGUGAAUGUGUUGUAUGAGCAUGUCUAUGGGCCAAGUUAGUGAUCUGUUGAUGGAUAUAAAGAGGUCAUGGCCUGCUCCCCAUCAAAACCCCUCCCUUGAACCCCCACCCCUCUCACACACACACCCUGCUUUGUGCCGUGUGAGAGAAUGUGACCUGGUUCCCAUCCCUGAGGAGGGGUGAACCCUAAUGACGGCCUCCUCAGACACAUUGCGCAGCCCUGAGCCUCCCUCUCCAGCUGGCCCCCUCAGCCCAUCGGGCCGGCACCCCCUGGUCCACACCGGGAGAGGUCCGGCCUGGAUAGCCCAGCCAGAGUUCGUCCAGUGUGCACGCCCUGUCCCCUGCCGUCCUGCUAUGCCCUGCCUUGUCCAGGCUAGUUACGUUCACCUGGCCCAAAUGCAUUGAACUCAUCAUCAGACGACAGUGCAACUGGUCGCAGACCUGUAGUUUUCUGUGCAAUGUACAAUGAGUGCAGCGCCUCAGCUCUGUGUGUGUGUCUUCAUCAGAGGCGACAGCUCCACACAAUAGAACAAAGACGUUGUCAAUCACAAUCAAAUG